GUACCAGUGCAAUACCAGCUGGAGUGAGCAAAUACGGGUGUUGAAGAUUCUCACAGAUAUGUUUCUGCCCCUCAUCGAUCAUGCUGAUUUGGAACAAACCUUGUUCUCUCAAGUAUUGCCCAAGGCCAUUACAAUGUUCGAUGAGCUGAUGAACAAACUGUCUAGUCAGGCCAGAGGGUUAUCCAGUCAGAACACUGACUUGCAGGCAGCAUUGAAAACAACUAUGCAGACACAGAUUCAGUUGUUGGAAAUUCUGAUGAACUGUGGGCGUUAUGUCUGUACAUUUAAGGAGGCUCUACCCUUGAAUAAUAUCCAUUCACUGUCCUCUGCUAUCCUGCACGUCCUGAAGAAUGCCUUUGGACACUGCAAGGAGAGUGAGACAUUAUAUAGUAGUCGUAUGCACUUGGUUUCAGAUGUGCUACAGUCUUUAUUUAAGGAGACGUAUUCUCUUCAGAAGCAGUUCAUGGAAAUGCUGGAUCGUGUUGUGUUGGAAUCGACUACUGCUAAUGACGAGGAUGUUGCCCAUAUGACGAUGGUGAUUCACAGCGUGCUGGAAAUUUGUUCAGUGGUUUCUAAGAUGGACCAUGCCCUACAUGCCAACACAUGGAAGUUCCUAAUUAAAAUAAGUGUGAAGCACAGGGCAUUGCUCGACAUUAAACUGCGGCAUGAUGAUAUUGUUGCUGGUCUUUGUGAGGACAUUCUUUUUUCCUUCAACUCUUGCCUGCAGUUUGCUGAACAAAUGCAUCAGUCAGGAGCACAGGGGAACACAAUCUCCACAGAGUACAAGCUAUUCCAGAAAACCAUGAAGUUGUGCCGAUUCUUUGCCAACACACUCGUGCACUAUUUAAAGGAAUUCAUUGAUUUUCUCUCAAAAUCCUGUCACCAAUUACACAAGCUUUACCUUCAGAUGUACAGCAAAUUCCCUUCUAGCCUGUAUGCACCAGUUAUGUCUGAAGGGCACUGGAAUGAAAUUGCUUGCACUGUCCUUGUGGCUUUGGAUCCUCUCAUUUCACAGCUUCUGCCUUUCCGGGCCUUUGUGGAAACAGUUUUAGCAGAUAAACCGGAUCCCAGUUUGGAGCUGGCUUUCCCACAGUGCUUGUUGCUGGUUAAUGUCAUGGACAAGCUCCCAUCACAGCCCCAGGAGGUGGAGAGCAUGUGGUGUGCUGGUAGCCAGUUCUCUGAGGAAACGCCAAGGUUAUCUUUGUUUCAAGCGCUGUUUUUCAACAUCCAGCACUGCUAUGCAGAGCUGUCAUUGCCAGUUCAGUUGCCUGGAGUGAUGAUUAAAGGACAAGCUCAACAUAACAUCAGUCUGUAUGAAUAUGUGUGCGUUCACCUGUGUUCGUUUGUCACGUUCCUUCCAGCCUCCAUUUUCCCUGACUUGGAGUGUUCCUUGUUGGAUGCUGUACUCGGUCCUCAUAUGUUAACUGCUCUCCUAGCCACAGAUACAUGGUGCUUUCUUGCACGAUAUGGAACUGCUGAACUCUGUGCUCAUCAUGUCUCUCUUAUAGCUCAGUUGGUUAAGUCCUGUCAUGGAGAAUGUUACCAGUUAUCCCAUCUGUCUGUGCUUCUGAGACGCUUGCUUUUCCUUAUGGCAGCGGAUCAUCAGAUUGUAUUUGUGAAAAGAUUCUGUCCUAAAGAGGCAGACAAUUUACUCGUAUGGCAGCAAAUUAGCAUUAAGGCCCUGCCUCCUGACCUCCAGAAACAAGUUGCAUCCGACAUUGCCAGGACAGCAGUUGAUCAGUGUGUGAGAUGGCAGAGAGGCAAGCAUGUCUUGGGAGAACUGGAACAAGUGAAUGUUGCUCUUGCUGCCAUGGUAGUUGUGUGCCACAUCCAUGGGGAGGCCAUGGAAUUAGAGCUGCAGAUGUCAAUCACAAGAUCUCUCAGUCAGAUGUGGGCAGUCCUUACUGUGGCGCAGGUGCUAAGCCAUCGGUGUGUUCAGAGAACAUUCUCAUUGCUUCUUUCCCUUGCGUCAUUGCUGAUUCAAACAUUAGAAACUGCACAAGUUGCCCGGAUGGUUUCAUCUCUCAGCUCUAUUCUUCCACUGCAUCCUCCUGAUCAUAUUCGUCUUGCCACACUGGACUUUCUGGGUUCACUAGGAAAGAUAUUCAUACCGUCAGAUGUUCAGGGCUUUGUGCUUCCCAAGCUCCCAGGCCUCUUUGCUUCCCUUCUGGUUGAUAAGUGCUGGCUGAUUCACCAGCAGGCACUGCAGGGAUUCACACAGUUUGCUGAGGAGACCAGCCAUGAGGAAGUGGUCCCAAGGGGUCUGGAAUCAGCAGAGACGAAGGCCAAAGUUGUGAACUUCUUGAACAAGGUGGUUAGUACAAUUGAGAAUGAUGAGCUGAGGGUGGAGAGGUUGAAAAGAGAAAAGGCUGUGUUGGAUACCCAUUUCUCUCAACUGACUUUUUCUACAGUGAAUGAUUGUGCUGUGGUGCAGCCAUCUGCUAAACGUGCCCGCCAGGAACCUUGUGAGGAAGAACAUUACCAGACAGUCUUGCAGACAGCUGAGCACGCCUUAAACACACUGCAGACACUCUUACAGCAAGGACCAGCCCCUGAGUGGGUGACAGCCCGUUUACAGGGUUUACAGACAACUAUCACGUCUUUGAACAGUGGCAGGCAAUAGGCUCUUAUCAAACUGAAACACGUUUCUCACUGAAGAGAAAGAAUCCAUGCAGUUGGUAUGUGACAAAAAUGGCAAGUGUGCAAAUUCGACAUGUAUUUACCAUCCAAACCAAACAAUUAUACAAAAUUAGCACCACAUGUUACUGAUUCACCAGAAGUUAAUUGUUUGCAUCAAAUUAACCAAAUAAGAAGAUAUGGUUCACCAGCAAAUGCAUCUAGUUUUUCAGAUUGUUCCAAAGCUUUUCUGAGAACCUCACUUCUAAAACUUUAAUUAGGAGAGUGCCUUGAUGGAACUCCUUCAUGGUUAGUGCAACAAUUUGAGCAGAUUAACUCAGAAUUGGAGCUUAUCCUGAAAGCUAGUGUCCCUGACCAGAGAACCAAUGAAACUUAUUGAAGAAGUUAUUGAAGUGGUUUGAGGCACCUGGAUACCUCCAAUACAGAACUGAGAUGUCAACAACAGUCAAAGAGUCACGUUUGCACUGAGGAUGCACCAUGGGAGCAGAUUUGGAGCUUGUCUGCUGAGCAAUGCCCCCUUGAUGGGGCAAUAAAGGAAUAUAAACUCACCCUAUCUGUGGGGAUACUCGGGGUGCACCAAGCUUCUCCAUUUGACAAGGGAGAGUCACAUAAACAAGGAUACAGAAAGACUAAUUUGUAGAUCGGCUGAAAUGAAUGUUUUUCUGUAUAUGCUUCUGUAACAAUGAAGGGCAGAAAUACUCUAAUAUUUCAAUGUUAUUUUUUUCAAAGAUGGGACUUGAAUAAUUAACUGAUGUAAAAUUUUACAAAUUAUAUUUUAGAACAAUUUACCAAAA